AUGAAGGUCAUGCGGCGCACGAGGCCCGGCAUGCGCGAGUACCAGCUGGAGAGCAUGUUCCGGCACUGGGUCUACUACAACGGCGGGUGCCGCCACACCGCGUACACCAGCAUCUGCGGCUGCGGGCCGAACAGCGCGGUCCUCCACUACGGCCACGCGGGGGCGCCGAACGACCGCACGAUCGGAGACAACGACAUGCUUCUCCUAGACAUGGGCGGCGAGUACCACUGCUACGCCAGCGACAUCACGUGCUCGUUCCCCGCUAACGGAAAGUUCACGGCCGACCAGAAGAUGAUCUUCGAAGCCGUACGAGACAUGGCCUUCGCGGUCAUGGACGCCAUGAAGCCUGGCGUGUCGUGGCCCUCGCUGCACGAGCUCUCCUACCGAGUCGCCUGCGAGCGGCUCAAGGACGCCGGCCUGCUGACCGGCUCCGUAGACGACAUGAUGGCGGCAAACGUCGGCGCCGUCUUCAUGCCCCACGGCCUCGGCCACCUGAUCGGCCUCGACACGCACGACGUGGGGGGGUACCCCGAGGGUGGGCGCGCGCGGGACUCCCGGCCGGGACACUCGAGCCUCCGCUGCGGGAGGGACCUCGCCGACGGGAUGGCGAUCACGGUGGAGCCGGGGAUUUACUUCAUCGACCACCUGCUGAACAAGGCCCUCGCGGACCCCGAGGUGGCGCCGUUUCUGGUGACCAGCGAGCUCGCGCGAUUCCGUGGCUUCGGGGGGGUGAGGUUAGAGGACGACGUGGUAGUCACGGCAGACGGUGUCAGGAAUCUCACCAAUUGCGCUCGGACCGUGGAAGACGUGGAGGCUGUCAUGGCCGGCAGGAUAACCAACCGCAACCAGCUCUUCAAGAAGUGCUACACGGACGCCUGAGCGGGAGGGGAAAGCGCGAGGGCGUCGCCCACGUGCAGGUCGAUUUUCGCGGGAGAACUGGAGAGUCUGGCCGGUGUGUGCGGCUUUUGGACGUUUCAUCCUCUUCUGUGGCGGUGCUUUCCGAAGUCCUCUCGGUUUUUCUAGCGAUAAACUCGUGUGGCCGAAUGAGAGCGUCGACAGGUGGCCAUGGGUGGCAGAACUCAUCACCCCGAUGGGGUUGGACAAGGAGUAUGCUUGCGUGGACGGAAAAACGUGUACCGAAAAUGGCGGCGUUGGAACUGUCCCGUCGAGAGCUUCCCGACCACGUAUCGUUUGAAUAGGAGUGGCUGUCCUUUUCGUCUUCAAAUAUAGCUAGCAUAGUAGUCGACCUCUGCAAAUCGGUCCCGGGCGCGUGACGCCUCGAGUCACCUACGAUAACGUUUGCUGUGUGCAAUGAAGACACGCCAGAAACCGGGACAACAGACCGAGCGCGGCCACGACAUUCCCACGAGAGACCCCCCCCCCCUCUCGGCGUGUGGUCACGGGGCCUCUGCCUUUAGUCAAGGCUGAAACGUGCGAAGUCAACUGCGCGAGUGCCUCAACGCCAUCAACACAGCAAAAAAAAACGAGCAAAAGAGAAAAACAGGCCGGAGAUGAUUAUCCAAAAUGCAAGGCUCAUGGACAACCAGACGUUUUCAACGCUACCACCCUUACCGUGAUGUCCUACACGACACGGGUGCCUGGUGGGUCAUGCCUUUCUCAGCAACGGGAGAAGAAAAAGCCUCCAAGCUAUGUAACUAGAAACCGCCGUGUUUCACCUUUUCUCUCUCUCUCUCUGCUGGGUGUAUCUACAUCGCGACCGAACUCUCACAAACCACAUUCGAUGUUAAGAUCAACGUUGGAGACGCGCGUGCGUGAAGGAACCCGCCGGCGCGCGAACCCACUGCCUACCUAGUUCGGGGGCUACGUGGCGUGGGAGGCACAUCAUGGGUGCACACACGAGUCUCGCGCCAAGGCGACCGAAGCGAGGUGACACACGUGGUGGUGGGCGGGGGAAUGUCUCCCAGUUCGGGUGAACCUAUAUCCAAGUCCACUUUCUGUUCUGUUCGUCAACCAACGCCUGCAGCUGCCUGUUGCGCCGAUACAAUCGAUUGCUAACCGUUGUGAUUGCUCCUCAUCGCAUGUUCCAAAAAUGCCUGAUGUCGGUUGCUAACCGUUGUCAACUGCUCCUUCCUACUGUAGAACCACAUGUUCCAAAAAUGUCUUCACUUCAACAACAAGGUCCGAAAAUUCAGGUCC